AUGAAUUAUUUGAUUUAUACUUAUUUUCUUCUUAUUGUUAAAGUUAUACUCAGUUGUCAAACGAAACUAAAGAUUUCUGGAACAGUUGACAAUGGAUGGGAAUUCGUUCGAGAGAGAUUUCAAGAGAAUUUCGAACAACAACGAGAACUAGGUGCAUCCAUUGCAGUGUAUUAUCAAGGCAAAUUAGUUGUCGAUCUCUACGGCGGAUGGUUCAACAGAUCACGACUAAAAUCUUACGAAAAUGACACGCUACAGCUAGUAUUUUCCGCGAGCAAGGGUCUAGUUGCAGCCACUGUUGCACUCUGCGUCCAGCGAGGUUUAUUGAAUUAUUCCGAACUAGUGAUCAAGUAUUGGCCCGAAUACGGACAGAAUGAUAAAGGAAAUACAACUGUUGCUGAUAUCAUGUCACAUCGCGCCGGACUUCCGCUGGAUUCCGGAAUGGUAGAGGAUUACUAUAACUGGACGGGAAUGGUACAUUACUUAGAACAAGGUCAACCGCUAUGGACGCCGGGAUCCAAACAUGGAUAUCAUGCGGUGACUUAUGGCUGGUUAGCAGGUGAACUUGUUCGACGUGUUGAUCCAAAGAAAAGAAGUUUAGGACAAUUCAUCAGAGAAGAGAUUGCUCAACCGUUAGAUAUCGAAUUUUACAUCGGUUUACCAUCAGUAGAAGACUAUCGUGUAUCAUUAUUAGAUAUUAAACCAAUUGAUGAUGGAUCAAAUAAUACUCUCGUAGAACCUUAUAGUAAGUUUAAUGAAAAAGCGUUCCGUCAAGCAGAAAUUCCAGCUGCAAAUGGUGUAACAAAUGCACGAUCGAUAGCACGAUUGUAUGCAUCUCUGAUUGGCGAUGUCGAUGAUAAAAAACGUUACAAACGUUUACUAAACGAUGAUAUCUUUCGACAAGCAACGACAUCCAAUACACCGGAGAAUGAACUGGAUUAUUUACUGAAUAUAACCACUAAUCUAAGCAUGGGAUUUUUCAUUAUGAACGAAAUGUUUUCGUUGUUCGGACACGAAGUGUUUGGUCAUCUCGGAGCUGGCGGAAGUAUUGGUUUAGCUGUACCUUCCAAAAAUCUUUCAUUUGCAAGUGAUGGCAUGUUUGAGAAUAUUGACGACCCCAGUACAUUUUGGCAUUGUUCUAAUGGUCUCAAUUAUCUCAAAAGUUGUCCAGCACCGUUAGUUUGGUCGCAGCAAUUACAGCAAUGCUCUUGGCGCGUCGAUCCACCAGUUGUAGUAACAGCAGCAUCAUCACCAAUUCCAAUCACAGCGACAGAAACCUUACCUAUUACAAUAACGACAGAAAGUGAUCUUCCUUAUCAGUGUUCGAAUUAUAAAUCAAUUACAGAUGGUACUCGUCGCACAACUAAUAAACAUGUGGAUGCUGAAACUGACAACACCUUUUUCAAGUCGUCUCCUACAUGGGUUCGAUUUGAAGGCGAUGCUGGUACGCGUCUCGCAAACUAUUCUGUUCCUCAUGGCCGGUGUGGGUCGGAAGGUUCAGGAUGGGUGAAAUAUCCGACUGAUCCAGAAGUUGGUGAGACAGAAAUUCAAACAGCUUGUUUCAACUGGAACGGCAUGUCUUGUAUUUGGCCAAAGAAAAUCUCAGUCACCAAUUGUGGUGGUUUUCUAGUUUACGCUCUUGUUGCUCCAAGCCUCUCUGAUGCUCGUUAUUGCACAAUAUAA